AUGGCUGAUAAUACGCCAAUCGACAUCAUCCACUCGGAAGACUAUGAUGAAACUCCAGGCCUAGUUCCUCUGUCUCUAGACCAGCAACAAGAUUCGACUCCCAAAGACGCAGAAAGCAAAGACGAACAACAUAUUCUUCCCGACGGCGGUUAUGGCUGGGUUUGUGUCGCGUGCGUCUUCUGGAUCAAUGCCCACACGUGGGGAAUCAACAGUAGCUACGGCGUCUUCCUCUCCUACUACCUAUCUCACAAUGUUUUCCCCAACGGUUCUGCUUUAGCCUAUGCCUUUACCGGCGGUCUCAGCAUCUCCUGCGCCCUCCUGGUAGCUCCUCUCGCAACAUCUCUCAUCCACGUUUCCGGAACCCGUCUAGUCCUAAACCUCGGCGUCUUCUUCGAAACCGUCUCCCUAAUCGGCUCCUCCUUCGCCACAGAACUUUGGCACAUUUUCCUCAGCCAAGGCGUCUGCUUCGGAUGGGGCAUGGGCUUCCUCUUCGUCGGGAGCGUAGGCAUAACCCCUCAAUGGUUCCACCGCCGCCGCAGUCUAGCAAUGGGCAUCAAUGCAGCCGGCUCAGGCAUAGGAGGCCUAAUCUACUCGCUCGCAGUCGGCGCCAUAAUCCCCAGACUAGGUCUAAGCUGGGCCUUCCGAAUCCUAGGAAUCAUCGCCUGCAUCGUCAACCUAGUAUGCGCCAAUCUACUAAGAGACCGUAACCACGACAUCGGAAGCCGCCAUCACGCAUUCUCCUUCCCCCUCCUCAAACGACCCGAAUUCCUCCUUUUCCUAGGCUGGGGCAUUUUCAGCAUGCUAGGCUAUGUUGCCCUCCUAUUCAGCGUUGCCAACUUCGCCCUCUCCGUCGGUCUCUCCCCACACCAGGGCAGCGUCGUCAGUGCGCUGCUCAACCUCGGUCAAGGCCUAGGACGACCCAUCGUAGGCAUGUUCAGCGAUAAACUAGGCCGAAUCAACAUCGCCACGUUCCUCACCUUUCUAUGUGGCUUAUUCUGCCUAGUGAUAUGGACAUUCGCCCGCAGUAUGGGCGUGGUUUCAUUCUUCGCUAUCCUCGUCGGCACAGUAGCAGGUACCUACUGGGCAACGGUAACCCCCGUGCUGGCGGAGAUUAUCGGCUUGCGAGACCUUCCCAGCGGGUUGAGCAUUACUUGGCUCGUGUUGGUGCCCCCCACGACCGUGUCUGAGGCUAUUGCUCUUGUGUUGCGGGAUAAUGGCUCAAAUGGCUCGGCUUAUUUAAGAGUACAGAUUUUCACUGGGUUUAUGUAUAUUGGUGGCGCGGUGUGUUUGUGGCUUGUGCGAGGGUGGAAGAUUGGGGAAUUGGUGCGGUCUGAGAAGAAAGAUGCGCCGUCUUCUGCUGGUGUGAUGGUUGCUGAUGGGAAGAAAGAGGGGGUCCCUGCGCAGGGGGGUGAGAAGUAUGAACCUCCGGUUGGGAUUCCUGCGCCAGAUGCGAAGGAGGGUGAGCUCUGGUCACCGGUUCAUCUAUUGAGGGAGAUGGUGGCUUUGAGGAGGGUUUAG